GUCGCGAGCCGUCGUGCAAUACUUACCGGUCGGUCCCAUCGACAACCCUCCGAUCCACACCGCGGACUUCGACCCCUUUCAAUUGUGUCUCGGGUGCCGCUGCUGCGCCGCCGACAACGCGACCGACUGCCUCGACACCUCCUGCUGCUUCGGCAUCGACUGCAACCUCCCCGACAAGCCCUUCGGCGUCUGCGGCUUCGUGCCGAAGACCUGCAACUGCACCUCCUGUGAAUGAGAUGCUUUGCUGUGCUGAUCCUGGUAGUGUAAUUUGGAUUCGUAAGUUACAUACAUGCAGGGAAAAGAUACCGUACAUAUUUGUUUUCCAUAGAUUUGAUAGUGGAGAUCGAGGAUAGGUUGAAUAAAAAGAGAAUUUGAGAUUGGUUCAUGAUUUGGGGGUGCAUAAUUUUUGCAUGUUAAUUCUUAAUUAAGUGGACUAAUCCAUGUGCACUUUUUUUUUGGGGUGGGUAAUGACUAAUGAUGCAUGUGUUUUACUUGGACUGGAAUAAUUUGUAUCUAUUAAUUUGCCUUUUAAGUUUUUCAA